AGUUUUUGCUUUAUGGGUUUCCUUCAAAUUUCUCUUUUGAACAUGUUUCUUGGUCUACAUUUGUUUGAGGAGAAAAUGUGAAGGGUGUGAUUUUUUCAGUUAGAGUAGUUCAGGGAACAUUCUAGUUGUGUUUCUUGUAUUUGCUUUGCGUGAUCAAACGGGAAGCACCAAAAACUAGUCAGGGGCUUCUCCAGUCCACUGUUGCUUGGUACUUGAGAAGUGCUAAUAGUUUCCAACUGGGUUUACCAUUGCUUGGGCAAGCUAUGGCAUCUGUUGUUAAUUUCUGUGUGCCUAAUACUCUGGCAACAAAUUACAAUUGCAGGUCUCGGGGUGCAGUGCAAGUUCAUAGUUUGGGUGGUAAUGAUUCAACAGUUUUGUCAUCUGAUUCAGUUGUAGUGAAUGAAGGGUCUUUAAUUGAAGAGAAACAAAGAAGUGAUGUUUUGGUUGAUGGAGGGAAUGGGAGGUUAAAGUCAAAGUCUAGAGUUGAGAAAAAGUGGGUGAAAGAUGAUAUGGUUUCAAAACAUUUAGAAGUGUUGUGGGACGAUGGGUAUGGGACUAGUACUGUGAAGGAUUAUCUUGAAGGAGCCAAGGAGAUGAUUAAACCUGAUGGGGGGCCGCCCCGUUGGUUUUGCCCCAUCGAAUGUGGGCAACCUUUGGCAGAUUCCCCCAUUCUUCUGUUUCUUCCUGGGCUUGAUGGUGUUGGGUUGGGCCUUAUUUUGCACCAUAAACCUCUCGGGAGGGUGUUUGAGAUACGGUGCCUUCAUAUUCCUGUUCAAGAUAGAACACCAUUCGAAGGGCUAUUGAAAUUUGUUGAAGAAACUGUCAGGCUUGAACAUGCCUUGUCUCCUAGUAAACCAAUCUAUUUGGUGGGGGAUUCCUUUGGAGGAUGUCUGGCUCUUGCUGUUGCUGCUCGUAUUCCUACCAUUGAUCUAAUAUUGAUAUUAGCCAAUCCAGCUACAUCAUUCGACAGGUCACAGCUGCAACCGAUUUUACCUCUGUUAGAGGCUUUGCCUGAUGAACUACACUUCACAGUCCCGUAUCUUCUUUGCUCUGUUAUGGGUGACCCAAUGAAGAUGGCAAUGGCUGAUAUCGAAUAUAGGCUUCCUCCUAGACUACAAAUUGAACAACUGCAGGACAACCUCUUGGGUUUAUUACCUCUCCUUUCUGGUUUGUCUGACAUUAUACCAAAGGACACUCUUUUAUGGAAGUUGAAGCUCCUUAAAACUGCCGCUGCUUAUGCUAAUUCCCGUCUCCAUGCUGUUAAAGCAGAAGUACUUGUGCUUGCUAGUGGCAAGGACAACUUGCUUCCAAGUAGAGAUGAAGCUCACCGUCUUAAGAAUUCAUUACAGAAUUGCAUAGUUCGUAACUUCAAGGAAAAUGGACACACAUUGUUACUGGAACGUAGUAUUAGUUUGCUGACCCUUAUUAAAGGAACUUGCAAAUAUCGUCGCUUAAAGAGGCGUGAUUAUGUCGCAGAUUUUCUCCCGCCUAGUAUGUCGGAAUUCAAAUAUGGAUUCGAUGAAGUAGUCGGGUUACUGCGCUUUGCUACUGGCUCUACUUUUCUUUCAACUCUGAAAGAUGGAAAAAUAGUGAAAGGUCUUGCUGGUGUUCCAAUUGAAGGUCCUGUAAUGCUAGUUGGUUACCACAAUUUAAUGGGACUUGAACUUUUCUCACUUAUCGAAGAAUUCUUGAGAGAGAAAAAAAUCAUGGUUCGUGGUGUAGCACAUCCAGUAUUAUUUUCAGAGAAAGUUGAAAGUUCGUCUUCUGAAUUUUUUGCACCUGAUUGGAUCGCACUUAUGGGUGCAGUACCUGUCGCACCCAAUAAUCUGUUCAAGUUGUUGUCAACUAAAUCACAUGUUCUUCUCUAUCCUGGUGGUGUAAGGGAGGCUCUUCAUCACAAGGGUGAAGAAUACAAGUUAUUUUGGCCGGAUCAACCAGAAUUCGUGAGAAUGGCAGCACGGUUUGGGGCCACAAUUGUACCAUUUGGGGCUAUAGGAGAAGAUGAUAUGUUUGAAUUGGCUCUUGAUUACAAUGACUAUAUGAAAAUUCCUGUGCUUAAUGACUAUAUCAGGGAUGCCAGUCGUAAAUCAAUGAGAAUCAGAGACGAGAGUUUGGGGGAAGUAGCCAGUCAAGAUAUAUUUGUUCCAGGCAUUUUGCCGAAGAUACCUGGCCGGUUUUACUAUCUCUUCGGGAAGCCUAUAGAAACAAAGGGAAUGGAAGAGGCACUGAAAGAUAAAGAAAACGCGAAACAACUCUACGAUCAGAUAAAAUAUGAAGUUGAAAGCAACAUUGCUUAUCUGUUGAAGAAGCGAGAAGAGGAUCCUUACAGAAAUAUUCUUGACAGAACAUUGUACCGAAUGUUGCAUUCUCCUUUACAUGAAGUUCCAGCAUUUAAGCCUUGAAAAAGUUUUUUCCUACAGCUACUCUUGUCGGUCUGAACAGUUUAUGAUUUGAACGCAACAAGGUAGAGACAUGCGUUAUGCUGAGAUCUUCACAAGUUAGUAAAUGCCUAUACUUUCAAGUUUUUCUUCCAUAGAAGAUUUGUGAUCUUCAUCUCUGUAUCUAUAUGUUUUUCUUUGAUAGAAGAGAAAAUCUUCAUAUGAAAUAUGACUUUCUUGCUUUUU